AUGGUAAAGGCUUAUCUGAAGAAACAGAGUAAGAAGAAAUGGUAUAACCAUUUCAUUGGUAGGAAUGUAAGAGAACAAAAUGUUAGAAACAAUCCUUUGACAUCGUUGGCAGCAGAAGCAUCAAUUAAAAUCGAUAAUCUCGAACUCUUUAAGUUUUUCAUUGAAGAGAUCCAAGUACACAUACAUCAUCGUUACACUUAUAUGUGUCUUGCUAUAUCGUUGGGUAGAUUUGCAUUUGUAAAGUAUAUCGAUGAACAAACCGAAAACAAAUCGAUAUUGGAAUAUCCGAAUGUACUUUAUAGUAACCCUAUUGGUUUGAACCUUGAAAUGAUAGAGUGGCUAGCAAACUUUAAUUACUUGGCAGAGCAUGGUGCAGACUAUAUCUAUGUGAAAACAGUCAAGUGCGCUGCGCUAGAAGGCAGAUUGGAUUUCAUUGAAUCGGUUGUGAGGAAAGGUCAUCUUCAACUCGUACCUGAAACAUUAGAAGCGAUUACAAGCAAUGCAGCGAAAGGUGGUCAUAUUCAAAUAGUACAAUGGUUAUUGGCGAUGGGAAACGUUCAAAUUCCUGUAAAUAUACCUUAUAUCGACUCAGCUGCAAUCUCCGGCCACCUUGAAACGGUCAAAUUCUUACACUCGAAUGGCAUAGGAACCUGCACCACCGCUGCCAUGGAUGAAUGUACACGAAAUGGUCAUUUCCAAGUUUUGAAAUGGCUCCAUGGGAAUAGAAGUGAAGGUUGUACUACUCGUUGUAUGGACAAUGCAGCAUAUUCCAACAACUUAGACAUCGUUAAAUGGCUACAUUUCAAUAGGAGUGAAGGAUGCACAACCUCUGCUAUUGACUGUGGAGCCGCCAAAGAUUUGGAGCUUAUUAAAUGGUUACUUGAGAAUAGAAGUGAAGGUUUCACAGAAAGCGCAAUUUACAAUGCAGCCCAUUCCAACAAGCUGGAAAACGUUAAAUACCUACAUUCGAAAGGUGGAAAUUGCUAUCCAAAGACAAUUUUUACCCUGUUCAAAAAUGCACAUUCACAUUUAGAUGUCAUCCAGUAUCUCUUUGAUCACCGAAUGUUCGAACCAUACACCACAUUGGAAAGCGAAUUUGACUUUCAAUUCAAAAUAGAGAUCAUCAGAAACGUAAAAGACAAUCCAUUUCUCAGAUUCCUUGCUGAGAAUGAAACCAUUUUGUUCAGCACUUCAAACAUUGACAAUCAUAUAGAGUAUGCAGACCAGAUAAACUGCUUUAACUCAGAAAGUCUUUUGAAAGAAGUAAAAUUAAAAAGUUAG